CCAAGAAUAGUAUAGAUCAUCGAGUGCUCCUCGCGGGCCUCCUCCAUCUGCACACGUCAGUUGUGAUAUCAGCAACAGGAUACACAUUCAACUCAAAAAUUCUCACGAUAGUUCAUUCCAUCAUACAGCUGCUGCCACCACCUCUACGUCAUCGUCAGAUCCGCUUGGACGAGUCACCAGUCCCUCCGGCCACCGCUCCACCACAUCGCACAUCGCACAUCGCCACCGCCGAGGGCCUCAAAGCCUUGAUGUCGGUUGACCUCCGCACAAGCCUGAACUGCCUGCGCCACCCAUCCAGGUUCAUGCCUGUCUCGAGAACGCAACUCUCUCGAGUCCACACAGGCGACAGUAUACAGAAUUUACCCAACGCAAGUCUCCUGACCGCCUAAGCCGCCGCCAUGGAGACGCCCCUGAGCAAAUCCAGCCUCGCGACCCUCGUCGCCGAGCCGCGGCCGUCGCUCGUGCCCCCGCGCUGGGAGGACACGGUGCGCGCCGUGGCCGUGGCCGAGAGCAAGCAGGCCGGCCUGUCGCUGGCGCACUCGUUCGCGUCCGACGCGUCGAGCCGCUACCUCCUCGACGUCGACGACAUGGCGGCCCGCUCGGCCGAGCACAAGUGGAAGCUCCACGUCGACAUGAUGACGUACAUCACGACGGCGCACGCCCUCGACGGCCUCGUCACGACCAUUGGGCCGGACCACGAAGCCGUCGCACUGUGGGUCCCGCCCGGCAAGGACACGGACGGCUGGCUGAACCUCUUCCGCUCGGGCCUCUGGCGGCUCGCCUACCGGCUGACGCCCGAGGCGCGGAGGCGGUACAACGACGACUUCCUGCCGCUGCUGCACGACGCCAAGGCCGAGGUCAUGGGCGCGCGCGACGGCGAGUGCUACUACCUCGUGUACAUUGGCACCAAGCCGAACGCCCGCAAGAGGGGGUACGCGGGCAAGCUGCUCGACGACAUGAUUGCGCGGGCCGACGCCGAGGGCCGUCCCAUGUAUCUCGAGUCGAGCUCGCCGGAUAAUAAUGCCUACUACGCCAAGUUUGGCUUUGAAUUCAAAAAGGACAUUUACCUUCGGGGCAGCGGCGCGCCUGUGCCGCUUUCCAUCAUGGUGCGGGAGCCGCAGCUGGUGAAGCAGAAGCCGGUGUACGCUGCCGUCAAGGUCCAGAUGAACCGCCUGCGCUAG